AUGAGUAUAGACGGGAUCACGAACCCGCAUGUAGAUGGCUUCAAGUGUACAUAUCUAGGAUGCAAGGACGAGCCAUUCCCGACCCAGUACCAGUUGAACUCCCACGCCAAGGUGCACUCAUCAAACCGGCCGCACUAUUGCGCAGUAAAGGACUGCCCUCGAAGUGAGGGCGGGGCAGGGUUCAAGAGGAAGAACGAGAUGAUCCGGCAUGGGUUUAUACAUGAUUCGCUAGGCUACGGGUGCCCGUUCUGCCCAGAUAGAGAUCACAAGUUCCCACGGCCAGACAAUCUUCAGAGACAUGUCAAGGUUCAUCACGUGGACAAGGACAAAAAUGACCAAAAACUUAGAGAUAUACUCGGGCAGAGACCUAACGGGCAUAGCAAACGUAGACGGCGGGAGCGCCCAAAUUAA